AUCAGAUUGCUUUAUUUACCUAGCAACCACGUUGCUAUGUAAAUCAAAGAAAGAAGAAAAUAGAAGCAGUUUAGAAUUUCUCUCAUAAAGUCAACAUUUUAAGCGUUUAAACAGAGUGGAAUCUUCUUAGAUACUUAUUCAAUACAAAGAUAAAAAUGGCAAAACUAGUACAAGCACCCCCACGAUUCACCCACAAUGAAUGGAACAUUUCAAAUAUGUCAAAGUACAGGAAUGCAGAGGCAGAACGUAUAGCUGCUGAACGUCUCUGUGAUGAAUCUGACCGCCUUUUGGAUGAAACAGCAAAAAGAACAGAUAAAACUCAGAAAGAUGUCAAUAAAAAGUUUGAUCAAAGAAUUGAUGACGUAAAUUUCUGGAAGAAAGAACUAGAUGAUAAGCUAGAUGGAAUUAAAAAUGAAACUGAAAACUUAAUGGCAUACAAAACUCGAGUGGAGAAAGCAAUAGCAUCAUGCCAUGAACCUCUUCACAUAGCAAAACAGUGUUUGAUCAACAGAGAAAAGAGACGUGGGAUUGACCUGGUACACGACGAUGUGCAGAAAGAACUCAUGAAGGAAGUUGAGACGAUUGAAGGUGUCUUGGCACUUCUGAAACGUGCACUGGAACAAUCUAAUGAGCAACUGAGGUUAAACAGGAAAGGCAAAUACAACUUGGAAAAAGACUUGAAGGACAAAUUCUCCGCUCUUUCUAUAGAUGAAGACUGUAGAGAACUCAGGAACAACUCAGCCGGGCUUAAGUUCAAGGGAGAUGCUGCUAAAAUAGAAACAAACUCUCUAACACCAGAAGACUGGCAAGAUUUCUCUAAUGAGAACAUCGUUAGAACAGAACAAGAGAGAAUGGCCUCCGUGAACCUGCGAUCAAUGAUAGAUGGCAUCCUACAACAGACAUGCAAUGAUAUGACCAAGCAGAAUGAGAACACAAACAUCUCAUUCCAGAAACGAGUAGCUGAAUCCAAAGACUCCAAAUCUAAACUUGAAGAUCAUCUUUCAAAGGUGAUCAAACAGAUCAAGGAUAUGGAAGAGAACAUCUCACGUCUCACCAUGGGCCUAGCUGACAAAGAAGCCCCAUUGAAACUCUCCCACACCCGUCUAGAUGACAGAACAAACCGACCAAAUGUCGAGCUCUGUCGAGAUCCAGUUCAAUACCGCCUCAUCGGAGAGGUCCAAGAAAUCGAACAAUCUGUUGCCCGUCUUAGGGAAAAACUUGGGGCAUCUGAGGCUUCCCUUAAAGGCCUGGAUAGGCAGAAGCUUGGACUUGAAGAGGAUAUUGACGUUAAAGCAAAUACUUUGUUUAUUGAUGAGGUCCAGUGCAUGGGAAUGAGGGAAAGCAUCAAUAUUCAGUCAUUUUAACCAGCUGACUAUUAUGGGAUAGGCUAGAUUAAUAUUAAUAUGUUCAACUGGGUCACACUGAAAUAUGCUCAUAAUUUUCCUGUCGAUGUUGAGUCAAGAGAAUCUUUUGUAUAAAAUGUGAUAU